AUACGAAAAUGUGCAGCUGGAAAGCCAAAAUUUGUAUUAAAUUUACAAGACCAUGAUACGCAGUGCUUAAAUAAAAUAAAUUAGUUAAAACCUUUUGUCUCAAAAUUGACAGCAGUAGCAACAAAAAGUGCAUUUUUAUAAAAAUAAAAACAAAAAAAUUGUUUAUAUUGGGUUCGCGAUCAUUCUUAAAUAUUUUUGUGAGCUCAUAUACAUAACUAUCCGCAUUCCUUUUUGCGCGCCCAAUUACCAAAUUGUAACCCAACGUAAAAGGUUGCCUACGCAAAAUUUACAACACAACCCAAAAGAAAAGAUCGGAUUUGCAAUGGCGGUAAAAAAAAAACUAUUCGCUGAACGUAAAAACCGUGAAAAGGUUGGCAAGAAAAUCGCUUAAAACAGUCAUAUUAGUGACCUUCGAAAAAAAACAUACACACAUUUACGAAAUACGAGAAAUAUUAUGGAUGGACAAAGAGCGCGCGAUAUUUUAACCCUCCUACAGGAGCGUGUCGUGUGCCUCACUGGUGGCAGGGACAGACGAGGUGGCCCCCUAUUAUGCUUUCCCGCAACACCGAAACGCGAUCGCCUCAAACCGGAGGAUUUACGGCGACUUUUGAGUUACUUGAUUAUGAUACCAAGUGAUUCGGCGAAGAACCUCGGCUUCACAGUCAUCAUUGAUAUGCGAGGCAAUGGCAAUUGCUCCACCAAUCUAAAGACAAUACUUAAAGUACUGCAGGAGCAUUUUAGCGCUAACAUACACAACGUGGUACUCAUUAAACCGGAUAAUUUUUGGCAAAAGCAACGUGCGUCCAUAUCGACAAAUAAAUAUAAAUUUGAAACAUCGAAUAUAUCGAUCGAAGCGCUACAUAAGAUUGCCGAAUCUCAUCAGUUGACUUCCGAUUUUGACGGCACCCAACCUUACGAUCACCAACAGUGGACUGAAUCACGCCUAGCCAUCGAAGACUUCUUUUGGCAAGCGAGCGAUAUGGCUGAUCGCAUUGACGAUUUGCAGGAAGAUUUACAGCGCAAUGACUUCGCCGAAGAUGUGAACGGCGCAAAGCAUUCGCUGGAUCAUCACAACGAAAUGAAGAAGAAAAUACAAAAUCUGCCAAUUGAAGAUUUGGAAUUGCAAAGUAAAAAAUUGCUAACUAAAAUAAAUAAGAAUUCUGUUGGUACUGGUGUGCCCGGCAGACAGCCCUGUGUUGGUUCUGGCGCCGACUGUGGCGGUAGCGAUUCCGGCACUUCAACGCAGACACAAAACUCUUCACCAGCUUUUCGGGCGGCAACUAAUAAUCCCGAUAUGGCCGCGGCUAUUAAUAAAGCGCUGCGUCAAGUUGACCUCAUACGGAAUGGCCAACAGCGCCUGCUUACACUAUGGCAACACAAGAAGUCCAAAUUGGAUCAGUGCUUUCAGUGGCGACUCUUCGAGCAGGAUUGCGAAAAAAUGUUCGAUUGGAUUCUGCACAACCGCGAUGUCUUUCAAAUGUCGUAUGUCGAAAUCGGGCAUAACUAUUCUGUGGCAAAAUCGCUGCAGGAUGAACAUCAGAAGUUCGCAGUCGCCUCAAUGAAUGUCUCAGUUAAUAUCGACCGUAUACUAGCUGUAGCUUCACGCCUCAUCGAGAGUCAACACUAUGCCGCGCAACAUAUUAAAACGUUGGCAACGCGCCUCGAUCGCACUUGGAAAGACUUUGCGGCUGGAUUGGAUGAACGAACAGCUGUGCUGCAACUUAGCGUGCUCUUUCAUCACAAAGCGGAACAAUAUUGUAACAGUGUUGCAUCAUGGGCAGCAGCCUGCCAAGCAUCGCAACCACUGCCCUCGGACAUACAGAGCCUGGAGACAGCAAUUCGCACACACCAGUCACUGUACGAAGCGAUGUGCCAGGCCUAUACGGAGGUACACUCCACCAGCAAGAAACUCCUUUACCAAUUGGAUCACCUGGUGCAGGUGUGCAAUCAACCACCGCCACCUGGUGUACCCGAUCACCGCAAGAACAGUAGCUUUAAUAAAUAUGAACGUCAGAAUCCGGCAGCUGACUACAGUGAGGGCGCUUCACAUGUGCUUGCUGUAAUCCACCAGAUCCUCGGACACCAUCGCUCAUUGGAGGCGAAGUGGCACCAGGAGAAAAUAAGAUUGCAUCAAACUUUGGCACUACGUCUAUUCCAAGAAGACGUAAAGCAGGUACUAGAUUGGUUGAAGAAUCAUGGUGAGGUAUUUUUGCGCAAGAACACCGGCAUUGGACGCAAUCUACAGAAGGCGCGUGUUUACCAAAAGUCUCAUGAGCACUUUGAAAAUGUGGCACAGAACACUUAUAGCAAUGCUGAAAAGUUACUCUCAGCAGCGGACGAAUUGGCACGCAGUGGCGAGGCAGACCCAAAUGAGAUUUACUCAGUUGCGCGCGAGUUGGAGCUGCAAGUGGCCAGUUUCGCUGAACGCGUAGAGCAACGGCGGCGUCGCUUGGAAAUGGCUGUAAUAUUUUACACUCACGAGAAAGAGGUUACCGCUUGGAUUGAUCAAUUACGCACCGAUGUUUCCACUGACCAAACAAUGCUCUCACAAGAGAAUCUCGAAGGCAUUGAGCGACAUCUGCAGCAGUUUCGUGAACAACAGGAGAGCACACUGAAAGGUUGCAUGCAGACCAUAGCUCAAGGCGAAGCUCUAUUGCAGGAAAUGCGUUCGCUCGAAUAUGAUGAAAACAGCGUGUCGAUAUCUGGACUCGAAACCACUUUGGAGAAAUUAACAAAACAGAAAGUGGAAUUGGAGGAACUCUGGUCGGCACGUCAAUAUCGCGCAGAUCUAAUCCUGCGAUUACGUUAUUUCGAACGUGACGCAAUGGAGCUAUCAUCACAAUUGGAAAUUUGGUCGGAGGAAUUGCAGCAUGCUGAUCUGUCACGUGAUUAUCAGAAGGCAGAGCAACUGAUACGCAUGCACAAUGAUUCUGUAACUGAUAUUCAGAAUACCACCUAUGAAGUGCUGCAACAGGGACAAGAUUUGCUUCAAAUGUUCGAAACAGCUGGCAUCAUUUCGAUGGCUGAUGCCACACAUACUGCGCAGGCGCGCAUACAGUACCUCUUGGACUUUUUAGGCGAACGUGAAAUUGACCUGGAGGAACUGUCUGAGGCGAAGCGUGCGAAAUUGGAACAAGCUGUACAGUUGUGCCAGUUUCAAAAUGAUGCCAAUCAAGUUAUAUCGUGGAUACGUAAUGGCGAAGCUAUGCUGGUGGCCAGUUUUGUUACACCAAAUAGCUUACAGGAGGCAGAACAACUGCGCAAGGAACACGAACAAUUUCAGGUUGCUAUUGAGAAAACGCACACCUCAGCGGUGCAGGUGAAAUAUCGUGCGGAUGCACUCAUCAAUGCCAACCAUUACGAUCCACAAUCGAUACGCGAAAUUUCCGAUGAUGUCACCAAGAAGUGGCAACAGUUGGUAACCUACGCCGAAGAGCGUCACAAACUGGUGACCGCAUCAAUGAAUUUUUACAAAACCGCCGAGCAGGUAUGCUCCGUCCUCGAUAGCUUGGAACGUGAGUACCGACGCGAAGACGAUUGGUGUGGCGGUGGUGGCUCUAGCGAUAAAGCGCAAACCAUUGUGCAAUUAAUUUCAAAACAUCAGGAACAAAAAGAGGCAUUCCUCAAGGCGUGCACACUUGCGCGUCGUACCGCCGAAACAUUCCUUAAAUAUGCAAAUCGUUCGCAACAAUACUACAAGUAUCAGUCGCAGGGUAAUUGUGAGACGCACGUGCGCACCAUUCUUGACAAGUUGUUGACUCAGGAAAACCAGGUGCUUGAAUUUUGGACACAACGCAAAAAAUCGCUGGACCAGUGUCAGCAAUUCGUGCUGUUUGAGCGUAGCGCAAAACAGGCAAUCGAAUGGAUACAUAACACAGGCGAGGCUUAUCUUUCGUCACGCACGAAUCUUGUAGGUAAGACGCGUGAGGAGACCGAAGGUCUGCUCAAGGAGCACAACGAAUUUCGCGGCACUGCGAAGGAAACACGCGAGCGGGUUAAACUGCUAAUACAAUUAGCCGACAGUUUGGUUGAGAAGGGACAUGCGCACGCUAGCGCCAUCAAGCAGUGGGUGGCUUCAGUGGAUCAAAGAUACAAAGACUUUAGCAAUCGCAUGGACACCUACAGAGAACAACUGGAAAAGUCAUUAGGCAUGUCAAUGGCGGUUCCUGUUGAGUCGGAUGCCAAUUCUUCUAUUAGCUCUGCUUCCGGCUCCACAACUGACCGCCACUCGGAUCCGUCACUGGAGGCCAAACUUACCACAUCCUCUACGGCCGCAUCUAAAGAAAUUAAUGAAGAAAAACGUAAAUCAGCUCGUAGAAAAGAGUUCAUCAUGGCUGAACUAAUGCAGACUGAACGUACCUAUGUAAAAGACUUGGAAACGUGCAUAAAAUGCUUCCUUGAAGAGUUUCGUACCGGCCAGGGGGUGCCAACUGCAUUGGCCGGUAAAGAAGAUACACUAUUCGGCAACAUACGCGAAAUUUAUAAUUUCCAUCAAAAAAUAUUUCUGCGCGAAUUGGAAAAAUACGAAACCAUGCCCGAAGAUGUUGGCCAUUGUUUUGUGACUUGGGCAUCGAAAUUCGAUAUGUAUGUGUAUUAUUGUAAAAACAAACCGAUUUCGAAUAAUUUGAUGGUACAACAUUCGGGUACAUAUUUCGAUGAGCUCCAACAUCGGCACAAAGUUGAACAUCCCUUGCCAGCGUUUCUCAUCAAGCCAGUGCAACGCAUUACAAAAUACCAACUACUACUUAAAGAUUUACUCUCAUGCUGUGAGGAGAGUCAUGGAGAAAUCAAAGAAGGUUUGGAGGUAAUGUUAAAUGUACCGAAGAAGGCAAACGAUGCGAUGCAUUUGUCAUUGCUGGAGAACUGUGAUGUGCCCAUAGAUAAUUUGGGUGAGGUAGUGCUACAGGAUGCAUUCCAAGCAUGGGAUACAAAACAAUUGAUACGCAAAGGGCGUGAAAGGCGUGUGUUCUUAUUCGAAUUGUAUUUACUUUUUGCAAAAGAAGUGAAGGACUCAAAUGCUUCAGUGAAAUAUCAAUUCAAGAGCAAACUCAUGACAACCGAUAUGGGUAUCACCGAACACAUUGAAGGCGAUGAAACGAAAUUCGCUGUAUGGACCGGACGUUCUCCAAUGCUCUCUGAUUGCCGCAUCGUAUUGAAGGCAAAUAGUUUAGAGACCAAGCAGGUUUGGGUAAAGAAAAUGCGCGAAGUUAUGCAGGAAACCUGCUUUUCGGGCACAUCUCUUACGUUACCUAAGUCACCAGCAAAAAAUUCUGGAUCAUCACAACGUUCGUCGCGUGAUUUAGAUGAACCAUUGACGGAAAACGAUCAUGAUCGCUGCUCAUUAGCCAGCUUCGGUUCCGGUAAUACCACAGAUAGUGACAAUAAGAUUGGCAGCCACGAGGGCACCUGGGUGGUCGCCGAUUAUAUUGCAACACUCGGUUCCAAUGAGUUGAGUGUAACUAAAGGACAACAAGUUGAGGUUGUGGAAGCACCCUCAGCUGCCGAACCAGAUUUCUGUUUAGUACGCCUAAAUACUCAAAGUGACGAUGCUGCUAUACAGGAAGGACUGGUACCCGUUUCAAUACUUAAACCAUCGCCAAGCGUACAGAAGAGCAGUUCAGCGCGAAAGGAAGCAAACGAUGUCAUGCAGGAACAAAGUAACAAUCGCGGCAAGCCAGAUCCGUUAACUUCAUCAACAAAAAGGCGCGGCUUUAGUGGGCCAAAAUGGUUUCCUUUACGAAAACACUCACAGAACAAAAAUGAGAAGACACCAGCAGAUAAAAUACUUACCAAGAAAUCCUCAGAGAAGAGCUUAAGAUUGACGCAAAAACAAACCGAACAGGAUGAGAAGAACCUCUCCACAUCGGCCACAGUAAGCAGUCGAAGUCACUAUGGCACAUCGGCGACAACAUCACAGGCCAAUGCCGCACAAGCCGAUUACGAGGCCGAAGAAGAAGCCGGCCUAGAAUUACCACCGCCUAUGAAACCUUUACAGGAACCGCACUUAAUGGCAAAUGGUCCACCCGUAUUUGCCAAGGAUCUCAAAGAGAAUUCCAAAAACUUGGCAAGUGCAGGCAAAAUGGAAGGCAACCCAGCCGUAGAUUUAUCAGAAAUUGAGCAAAUUGUCAAAGAGAAAACGGAGCAACAUGAGGAGAAUUCAAAAAUAUUGAAACCAAAUGUAAACAACUGCAGUAAUAUUAAUGCUGAUGUGUGUGCCAGCAACGGUUGCAGCACAGUUGGUGAGAAGAAAGAUGCCACAGAUGGUUAUGGCAGCAACAACUCUUAUAACCACGAGGAGCGCAAUACGGAAAAUAGUGAUAUUGAAAGCGCGCUUAGAAAGCGCCAAUACGCAAUCGAUGAAUUAAUAACCACCGAAAAGUCAUAUAUUGAGGACUUGAAGAGCAUUGUUAAUGGUUACCUAGCUGAAGUACUCGAUCCCAAAAGUGAUAUACCUAUACCCGAUGAUCUGAAGGGCGGCAAAGAACGCAUGGUUUUUGGAAACAUUGAAGCCAUCUACGAGUGGCACAAGAAAUUCUUUUUGGAGGCGAUAGUUCGCUGCCGUAAUUCGCCCGCCGAUUUGGGCCCUAUUAUCAAGCGUUAUUUACCUAAAUUUGAUAUGUAUAAUAAAUAUUAUCAAAAUAAGCCAGUGUCGGAUCACAUUGUCACAACUCACCUUUUAUAUUUUGAUCAAAUAAGACAGAAACUGGGAAGUCGUUUGGAUCUCAACGACUUGCUCAUAAAACCAGUGCAAAGAUUGCCUAAAUAUGAAUUGUUAUUCAGAGAAAUUGCAAAACAUGCUAGAGCAGCUGGAUGUGAUGCUGAAGUUGUUGGCAUCGAAGAAGCUAUGCGUGUUAUGGGGAUGAUUUGCAAGGCUGCUAAUGAAGCAAUGGAAUUACGUCGCUUACAAAAAUUCGAGGGUAAAAUUACUGCGCAAGGGAAACUGCUGCUGCAUGACAAACUCACCUGCAUUGAAGAUGAAAAAGGUGCUGAGCGUAAUGCCUACAUGAUGCAGAAACCGCGAGAAUUGUAUGUUUUUCUAUUCGAGCAAAGUAUAAUUUUUGCGGAUAUUGAUGGAAAGAAACUACAAUAUAGUAGUCCAACCUACACGUAUCGUUCGCAUAUACAAGUCAACAAAAUGCAUCUAGAGGAACUACCCAACAAUCGUUUUCUGCUCAAAUCAACCGAUCCAAAUAAGCCUGGUCUAAAUAUAAUUUGCUUUGCAGCCACAGUGGAGUUAACCAAUGAAUGGUUGCGCAUCAUCCGCAACAUACUGCAGUCACAACAUGAUUUUCUUAGGGCAAUAACCAGUCCCAUCGAAUAUCAGCAGCAGCAACAGCAACAGAAUUAGAAUUCGACAAGCAAAGAAACAAAUCGCAAUCAUGUACAAUUAAUUGCAACAAAGCAUUUCAUGGAAAUUUAAACAAAGAAACUAAUAAUAGAACAAUAUUUGAAAUCUAUAUAAUCAUGGCAAAAUAAAAUUUUAAAUCGAUGGAUAUAUGAAUGCAAAAAUAUGUGAAGUAGAAGUCGAUGGAAGAAUUGCAAGAGGAGUCGCCACCGCUAAGACAUGACUUUAUUAUAUAUUUUAACAAAAAAUGUUUUAAAUUUUCUGCUGGUUUGUUGAAACCCUUUGUAUUAGUUGAGAAAAAGACUAUAUAAAUCUCUCGCCAAUUUCAAUUAUAGUUAUACAUGUAACGCUAUUCAUUUUUAGUACUGUGGGUGCAUUUGAUUAAUGUAUUUCUAUACUUACAUACAUAUUAUUUGCAAUAAGUAUUAGCCAAUAGACUGGCUGUAUUUGAGUUUGAAUCCAAGCCUAGUUUUACCAAUGUGUUUACAUAUUUCAACAAAGCAACAUGCCCAACUGACAAAAGGGACCAGCUAUUUUAAAAGGAAAUUCUUUUCAAACAUAAAUUGCAUAACUCUAGUGUAGAUUUUCAAAAACGCAAAGAAAGCGCAUAUACACUUUGCGUUCGAUAUUAUAUGUAAUUUAAUUUAAUUAUUUAAGUUUUUUUAAUAGCGAAAAAAUCUAUGUCUAGCUAUUAAUAAAUCUGAAAAGAUAAGUGUAUUGGAUUCAAGAGAAAGUUGAAACAGUUUGAAUACUAAGCUAAAAAUGUAAUUUAAGUGAUCCUAACGAGUGAUUUAUGCUGUUAAGAAAAUAUGUAAUUAAUUUAAUUUAACUCAUUUCUUUUAUAAAAUUACAAAUAUCUUUACUAAGUAAAAA